AUGCCGGACAGCUUCCUGUGGUGUGAGCUGACAGAACUGUCACAUCCGAAAGUGCGGGAGAAGGUCGAGUCUGCGGACACCUCCGAAGAAGAUGCGGAACGCCUGCAGGCCCACCGGGAAAUUUUGGGCCACCUCUGCAUCAUGCUGGCAGAUCUGGAGCGCUACCGGGCCAUGUCUGGCUCGUGCGACUCCGAGGCCGCGCUCGCGCGCGCGGACAAGUUGUAUUGUGCCUCCUUGAGCGCUUGUUCGGAACUGGGUCAAGCCUUCAACCAAAGAGGGUUGGUGGCUGCACACCAGGGCAACAAGCUCAAGGCAGUACGGUGCGGCUUCCAUUCCAUGCUGUGCGCUAUCCGCUUCCCGAAGAGCGAGCAAAAUCUUCUCGUUUGGCUCGGGCAAGUGGCCGAAGAUACUUCGCCUCAGAGCGUCGUGGAUCGACUUCGAGGUUCGAAGCAUCAGAGCCUGGGCCGCGCAGCUCAGGGCGCAGUGUGCCAGUUGCAGCUGACGCUGCUGCAGCUACGAGAAAGCGACUCUGGAGAACCCAGCCAGCGGCAAGGCGCCCUCGGCGAGCUCAUCAACAAAGCUCAGGCGAAGAUGAAGGAGGCUGUGGCCGGCAUGGACUCUCACAAGGGGGGUCAAGGACCAGACCUUGAGUGGAUUCUGGAGACCUUGAUGAUCAGCAUUUGCGCCGCCGCCUACCACCGCAGGGGCCAGCCACAGGCAACAGGCAAGCCGACUGUGCUCGACAAGCUCAUGGAUGGGUACACCUCUACUGCCUUCUGGGCUUGGGACUGGGUGGUGCGCUUCGGCCUUUGCCUUGCCAAGGAAACGAAAGAAGGUGAGAGCGAGGAGUCUGGAGCCUCUCCAUUCCUCGCGCCGCUGGGUCUUCUUUGCCUGCUGGCAGCCAGGGUGGUGCCCCACUCCUGGAGGAGCUCCGUCUCCGCGCCGUUGCACGAUGCUUUGCGCCAGCUUGACGUGAGCGAGGAGAAUGCAGAAGCAGCAGAGCUGCUUCGCUUCGCGCUCCCUGAAGAUGAGGUGGCAGCUGGGCUUCUGCCGGUAGCCGAGAAGGAGAAGGAGGGCAAGGAAGGCAGCUGGACGGCGGCCGGCAAGACUUCGGAGGACGAGGCCUCGGAAGACGAAGUGGUCCUGCAAACGCCGGUGGUCAAGAUCGCCAGCCCGGAGAAGAAGGUCGACAGUCCUGGUGCGAAUCCUAUCCGAGCAGGCUCGAGGCCGAUGGCACCGGCACACCUCCACACGCAGGUUCGCCGAGCACGAUUGUCCUUCUGCCUGAGGACCGCCGCCGAAGGUGUCGCCAAGGAGCUCCGGCCGGAAGCACCCCCGCCACGGGGCCCGGAGACCCGCUUGCCCGCUGCCCCAGCCGCUGCGGAUUUCCAGGGUGCCUGGGGCGGAGCCUGGGGAGAGGAGCAUGGUUGGGCCGAUGGCUAUGACGAUUCCGGAUGGCCCGCCUGGGGCAACGACGAGUGGGGCGACGGUUGGGCCGAGAAUCACAUGGACGAGGGUCAAACCUUGGAGGAGCUUGGAGAAGAACCUGAUCUCUGGGACAUGCCGGAUAUAGCUGCGGCUGGGGAUGCGCCGUGGUACGGUGGCUAUGGCUAUGGACCACCUCCAGGGAACGGUCCAUCGGUUCCGCCGGGCUAUGGUGCAUCCGCAUGGCUGGCUGGUACCCAGGAGGCUUGGUAUGGCAUGGCUCAGAACCCUCCGGCCUUGCCGGCACCUGCUCCAGGCUUGGAAGCAGUCGGCUGCCUUGGUCCGCCACCAGGACUCGCUCGGAUGCCGGAGAGCCACCCCGAGGCUGAUGGCUGCCAUCUUCCCUUGGUGGACCUGGCCUUUCUCGAUGAGGAUGCCGACAUGGAUCCGAAGCCAUCCAUCGCGGGCCCCAGUGUGCAAGGUGCCAACAGGCGCCCCCCUCCUCCCUCAUGUUUGCCACCGCCACCACCGCGUGGGCAUUGA